AUGGUGACUAGACGGGGCAUUGAAGCCAACCCAGACCAAAUCAAAGCCCUCCAAGACCUCAAAGCGCCUACAAAGGCUAAGGAACUCCAAAAACUUGCUGGCAUGGCUGCAGCACUUAACCGUUUUAUUAGUCGGUCCUCUGAUCGGAUGAAGCCUUUCUUCCAACUUCUAAGGAAGAAAACCAGUUUUGAAUGGGGAAGCCAGUGCUCUAAAGCACUAGAAGAUUUGAAGAAGUAUUUGUCCUCUCCUCCCCUUCUAUCUACACCUGUCACCAACGAAGAGCUUUUCCUUUACUUGGUUGUUUCUGAUCAUGCUGUUAGUGCAGUGCUAGUCAGAGAGGAUGGAAAGGAGCAAAAACCAGUGUAUUAUGUUAGCAAGACACGCUUAGAUGCCGAAACUAGAUACUUGCCAUUGGAGAAAUUGGCAUAUGCACUAUUAAUUGCCUCUAGAAAGCUUGUUCACUACUUUCAAGGACAUACCAUCAAUGUCCUCACUGAAUUCCCUCUCAAGUCGGUGUUCAGUCGAGCAGAUUUCUCAGGCCGAACAACAAAGUGGGCGGUGGAGCUUGGAGGGUUUGAUAUCAAGUUCCAACCUCGAACAACAAUCAAAGCUCAAGUCUUGGCAGACUUUGUUGCAGAAUUCACUCCGGGACCAGUUGUCCCCUCCGAAGGGAGCUCGGCUUUGGUCACUAUGACUGCCCAGCAUAAAGGGCAAUCCCCAGCCGAAGCAUGGAAACUUUUUGUUGGAAAUGUAUGGAAGCUGUUUGUGGAUGGCUCUUCUAACCAAAAAGGGUUAGGAGCAAGAGUUGUCCUUAUUUCUCCUGAAGGAUUCAUGUGGGAGCAAGCCAUUCGAUUGGGCUGGAAAGCUUCUAACAACGAAGCAGAGUAUGAAGCUCUACUAACCGGCCUGCGAAGUGCCGAACACUUCAACACGGAGGAGCUACUCGUCUUUAGUGAUUCUCAAUUAGUGGUCAACCAACUCUUUGGAGUUUAUGAGGCUCGCGAUGAGUGGAUGGCCACUUAUGCAGAACAGGCCAAAAAUUUGAUCAGAAAGUUCCAAGCCAUCAGAGUCGAGAAGAUUGGCCGAGAGGGAAAUGGUCAUGCUGACGCUUUAGCUUGCUUGGGUUCCUCGGUCGACUCCAGAGACGACCGCAAAAUAUGGGUGGAAUAUGUACCCCAACCAAGUAUUCAACUAGUCGAAAUGGUCCUUUGCACUGACUUGGGCCCGAGUUGGAUGGACCCACUCUUGGCCUUCUUGAAGAAUGGCAACCUUCCUAAGGACAAAAAAGAAGCGCACAAGACAAGGCAUAGAGCCGUGCGGUUUUGGUCUCCCCAUCUGGCAAGCUUUACAAGAAGUCCUACAUGGGCCCUUAUCUACUCUGUGUUCAUCCAAGUCUGGUGGAAGAUGUGCUUUAUGAGAUCCAUGAUGGAAUCUGUGGGAGUCACACUGGUCGUCGGUCCCUCGCACACCGAGCCCUAA